UCAGUUCGAUGCACAAUUUCCACGAUGUAUAAUUUAAUUAAAAAGAAAAUGAUGCUUACAUUUUGAAUUUCCAGGAUCUUAAUCGUCUUAAUUUUUAUAGUCUGAACUCUUCCAAGAAGACUUAUAUCCGGACACAACAGCAGAAGAACACGCAAUUACAGCUGACGAUUGGAUUAAUGGAGCUGAUGCAAAUCCGACUUUAGUAUCAAUGCGUGAUUUCGACACGAGAACACCAGCACAAACUGUAAGUAGUGUCGGUAGUAGUGGUGGUGGUGGUGGUGGCGGAGGAUCAGCAAAACAAGAAGUUGUAUUUGGAAAAUCAUCAGCCGCUACAACUAAAACACAGCAAAAUUCCGCACGUGAUGCGAAUCCAAGUUCGACACAAUCGUCGCCGCAGAAAGGCGGUAAUGGUCAUCUCCAUCAACAACCAUCUUCUCAGCAUGCCGAUAAUGAAUUAAUUGAAAAAAUGUGUGAAGAAAUGCGACGUAUAAAAAUUAUUAAUGAUAUUGAGCCAACACAGGAGCUCCAGCAACAGUCUAACCAAACACAACAGCCAUCUUCGCCCUCCUCACCCGUCCCUUCAUCAUCGACUACUGCUACUAAUCAACAAAUUUCUUCAAAAUUAAACGAAAUUUUUGUUCGUAUGGGUGAUUUCGAUAAACGUUUACAAUUUGUUGAAAAAACUCUUCAAAACCUCAUUGCAUCAUCUACUUUAUCAUCGACUACAUCUGGACAAUUAUCAUCGACAAAUCAAGAGCCUAGUAUUGUUGAGGAUGAACCAGACGAUGGCUUACAAAAUUGA